AUGUCCAGGCCACCUGCCUGGAGUGACCGGGCCAGCCAGGGCUGCUCUUCACCCUGGGGAUUCUGCCAUGGUCUGUUAGAGGGCACUGUGCCCGCAGGAUUCUCAGGGUGGACAUUUGAGAAGCAGGUGGCCAGCCCUUCCGUCUGCAGCAUCUCUGGGUGGCACUGGACCACCAACCUGUCUGCCGCAGCAGAACACCAGGUCUCCUGCAGCCCCAUCCCAUCAGUGGACAAGUGGGGGCCUCUGAGCCCCCUGCCCUCCCUGUGGCAUCUGCCCCCUGCCGUGGAGCUGAUUCUGACUCGAAGCAGCCCUCCGUGGGGCCCUGAGACUUACAUCUUCGUGGAAGGAGACCCUCUCAUUUUUCUCCUGCAGGGCCUCGCUGCGGGGACCCUGCGCUUCGUCGCCCCCGCUUCCGGGAAGGCCGCCGGCCGGGGCGGGGCUGCAGGGCCGAGCCGCCCCUUCCAGGGAGGAGGGCAGUCCCCCGCCUUUAAGCAGCCCGCCACCACCCGCCGCCCGCACAGCGUCCUCCCGCACACCGCGGCGUCGUGCCCGGCGCGCUGCGACGUGUCGCGCUGCCCGAGCCCCCGCUGCCCCGGCGGCUACGUGCCGGACCACUGCAACUGCUGCCUGGUGUGCGCGGCGGGCGAGGGCGAGCCGUGCGGAGGCCCGCUGGACGCGCCGUGCGGGGAGAGCCUGCAGUGCACGCGCGGAGCCUGCCGCUGCCGCUGGGCGCACGCCGUGUGCGGCACCGACGGGCACACCUACGCCGACGUGUGCGCGCUGCAGGCAGCCAGUCGCCGCGCGCUGCAGCUCUCGGGGACGCCCGUGCGCCAGCUGCAGAAGGGAGCCUGCCCGUCGGGUCUCCGCCAGCUGAGCAGCCCGCGGUACAAGUUCAACUUCAUCGCUGACGUGGUGGAGAAGAUUGCCCCGGCGGUGGUCCACAUCGAGCUCUUCCUGAGACACCCACUGUUUGGUCGGAACGUGCCCUUGUCCAGUGGCUCCGGCUUCAUCAUGUCCGAGGCUGGCCUGAUUGUCACCAAUGCCCACGUGGUGACCAGCUCCAGUGCUGUCUCUGGCCGGCAGCAGCUGAAGGUACAGCUGCAGGAUGGGGACAGUUACGAGGCCACCAUCAAGGACAUCGACAAGAAGUCGGACAUCGCCACCAUCAAGAUCCACCCCAAGAAAAAGCUGCCUGUCCUGCUGCUGGGCCACUCGGCAGACCUGCGGCCCGGGGAGUUCGUGGUGGCCAUCGGCAGCCCGUUCGCCCUGCAGAACACGGUGACCGCCGGCAUUGUCAGCACAGCACAACGGGAUGGCCGUGAGCUGGGCCUGCGGGACUCGGACAUGGACUACAUCCAGACGGAUGCCAUCAUCAGUUACGGGAACUCCGGGGGACCCCUAGUGAACCUGGACGGUGAGGUCAUCGGCAUCAACACACUCAAGGUCGCAGCUGGCAUCUCCUUUGCCAUCCCAUCGGACCGCAUCUCACGCUUCCUCACUGAGUUCCAGGACAAGCAUGUCAAAGACUGGAAGAAGCGUUUCAUUGGCAUCCGGAUGCGGACCAUCACUCCCAGCCUGGUGGAGGAGCUGAAGGCCAGCAACCCCGACUUCCCAGAAGUCAGCAGUGGGAUCUACGUGCAGGAGGUUGUCCCCAACUCACCUUCUCAGAAAGGUGGCAUCCAGGACGGUGACCUCAUCGUCAAGGUGAACGGACGGCCCCUGGUGGACUCAAGCGAGCUGCAGGAGGCUGUGCUGACGGAGUCCCCACUGCUGCUGGAGGUGAGACGAGGCAAUGACGACCUGCUCUUCAGCAUCGCGCCCGAGGUGGUCCUGUGA